GUUUGGGAUAUGCGAGUUUUUGCCCCAUAGUGUAGUAUAUUUGAGAGGGGAGGAGGAGCGUAGCGAUUGUUUAUUAUCUAACAGUGCCUACACACACCAGUGAUUCCUAUUAGGUAAGAGCUUUCCCAUCUGUUGGAAUUUCAAAGCUUUAAUCGCUGACUAAUUCCGUCCGGGAAAGGGAAAAAAAUGGAAAAAAUAAAAUGAUUAUAAAACAAUUGUGCCUGAAUUGAUACUAAAGAAGUACUUUUUUUUUCUUUUCAUCAUGAGCUCUAACCAUUCCAACUUGUUUGAAGCCGCUGCUGCAGGCGAUAUAGACUAUCUCCAAAAAAACAAGAGUCAAAUCAAUGACAAGAACGAAAGAGGCUGGACAGCGCUUCAUUUCGCUGCUCGUUUUGGACAAUUAGAAGCAGCUGAAUUCUUGCAAAAGAAUGGUGCCGAUCUAUCCAUGACCAAUGGAGAGGGAAAAACAGCAAGCCAAGUAGCUAUUUUUUGGGGAAAUGACGAAAUUGCGAAAUUGCUUACACCCCAUGUCGAAGAAAAAGCAACAACCCAUACAAACCCUCUUUUCCCUGACAACUAUACCGCCGUAUUUGCCGGGAAUCCUUUGAACAGAUAUGGCUGGAACCGUGGAAAACCCGAGUUUUUGUCUGCCCUUGCUCGUUCACCUAGAUCCAAUUACAUUGUCUUAAACAAAUUACAAGCUCUGUAUAAUACGGAAGGAGGUAUUCAUUAUAUCAAGUAUAACCAGGUAUUUUCUGCCGUAGAUCGAGUUUAUACAGACUGUGGAUUCAACAAUGCCAAUACGGACACAAUCCUAGUCUUUUUAGGUAUUGAUGAAAGCGAGGGCCAAGGUGCUGAAGGACAAGCUUAUUGGGCUUUGGACUUGACACCUACAGGAGUUCACCAGGCUGAAUAUACCCAAUUGAUCGCAGGAUUUGAGUCUAGCACGCUCGAAUUUGCCCCAACGCUUCCACGUGCAUUUAUCAUGGACAAGUCAGUCAGCUCCAUUAUUGCCCAAGCAGCUGCCAUGGUGGAUUGGAAUACUCGUAACGCCUACUGCUCAGCAUGCGGUAAACGUACCGUGUUAGAAGAAGCUGGCCACAAACGUAGUUGUAUCUCCGAUCCUGAGCAAACAAUCAAAUGCAUUAGCCACACUGGCGUUCAAAAUUUUGCCUAUCCUAGAACUGAUGCCGUUGUCAUCGUUUGCAUAAUUCAUCCUAACGGUGAUAAAAUUCUACUAGGCCGUAACAAGAGAUGGCCUAACAAAAUGUUUUCUUGCAUUUCAGGCUUUAUAGAAGCCGCAGAAACAUUAGAAGAAGCUGUUCGCCGUGAAGCAUUUGAGGAGACUGGUAUUAUUGUAGACCGAGUGGCCUAUCACAGUAGUCAACCAUGGCCCUUCCCCAACUCUCUUAUGCUGGGCUUUUUGGCUGAAGCCGUGUCAACCGAGAUUAACACGGAUCUUGAUCAAGAGCUGGAAUCCGCAGUGUGGUAUACACGUGCGGAGGUAAUAGCCGCUUUAAACAAAGACCCAGAUGCAAGCUUUUCGAUGGCACCUAAAGGCUCACUUGCCUCUACCCUUGUUCAUUCGUGGAUUAACGAUAAGAAAUGGUACCCAAACGCAAAGAUGUAGAUACAAAUAAAGAUGCAUCGCAGUAAUAAAUAUAAAUAAACAAAGCGCUCUUGUUUACAGUGUUUUCCUUUCA